AGUGUUUACUCAAAGCGAUCGAAACACCCCCCUUACUGCAAAUAUUGAUUGGACACGUGAUUUAUAAAGUUCAAAGAUUUUCUUUGAAGGAAACGAUUGAAUAUUACAGCGAGAGAGGGGGAGAAGCUGGCCGUCAGACUGUAAUCGGAACAAAGGGAAACUGUCCCUAGGUUACUCCAGGUCGAAUUGUACUCAUUCAUAGUCAAUGAAGGCAGCCGAUGCAACACGUUCAGUUCAGCCUUAAAGUGGAUGAAGGAGGCGAUUCGGCGCUCUGCAAUUUGAAGUUUUGAAGUAGUACAAGAAGCUGACACUUUUUGGACUGUUCUGAGCAAGUUUCCAAAGUUUGAUAGAUUUCUACGAUGACAACAAGGAAGGGGUUCCAUCACCAGGAGAUUAAUAAAACAGCCUGGGAGAUAUUGGAGAGAUACACAGAGCUGACUGCUGUAGGCUCAGGAGCCUAUGGAAGUGUUUGCUCAGCCAUUGAUAAGCGAACUGGCAUUAAAGUAGCAAUCAAGAAAUUGUACCGACCCUUUCAAUCUGAGCUUUUUGCUAAACGAGCUUACCGCGAACUUCGGCUGUUGAAACACAUGAAACACGAGAAUGUUAUUGGGCUGUUGGAUGUUUUCACACCAGAUCUGUCCUUGGAGAAAUUUAAUGAUUUUUAUCUGGUUAUGCCUUUCAUGGGAACAGACCUUAGCAAAUUAAUGAAGCAUGAGAAAUUGACUGAAGACCGGAUCCAGUUUCUGGUAUAUCAAAUCUUGAAAGGCCUAAAGUACAUCCACUCUGCAGGGAUCAUCCACAGGGAUCUUAAACCAGGGAAUCUGGCCAUCAAUGAAGACUGUGAAUUAAAGAUUCUGGAUUUUGGGUUGGCGAGACAUGCAGAUCAUGAAAUGACUGGUUAUGUAGUUACCAGAUGGUAUCGUGCCCCAGAGGUAAUACUUAACUGGAUGCAUUAUACUCAGACAGUUGAUAUUUGGUCUGUUGGCUGCAUCAUGGCAGAGAUGAUUACAAGCCGGCCUCUUUUUAAAGGCAUUGAUCAUCUAGAUCAACUGACAGAAAUCAUGAAAAUAACAGGUACACCCACACAAGACUUCGUUCAGAAGCUGCAAAGUCAAGAAGCUAAGAAUUACAUCAAAAGUUUACAAAGAGUUCCAAAAAAAGACUUUAAAGCCCUAUUUGCAAAUGCAAAUCAAGUGGCUGUGAACCUAAUGGAAAAAAUGCUUGUACUUGAUGCUGAAAAACGGAUAACAGCUGCAGAAGCCUUGGCUCAUCCUUAUUUUGAGCAGUACCGGGAUCCUGAAGAAGAGACCGUUGCAACACCGUACGACGAUAGUUUUGAUAACAUAGAUUGCACUAUUGAAGAAUGGAAAUGUCAUACAUAUAAAGAAGUGAUUAACUUUAAACCAUCAACUGGAGUACCCGAAUCUAAAGAAACUGCAGUGUAACACUGGAAUCAUAACAAUGGGGCAAGACAGAAGUAGUAUAUACUCGUGGGGCGAGCAGCUCUGAAAACAUUAAUUUAGUUGUUUCUUGUUUUAAUGUUUUGGAAAAAAUGUACAAUAAUUUUAUGUCUAUAGCCUGCAGUUCAAUCACAGUGUAACUUUGUCUCUUUGAAGGUCAAACUGAAACUCUGCACCAGCAUCUCUUGGAAAGCAUUUCAGUGUUGUAACAUUUUUAAAAGUUCUACAGCACUUAGUGAUUUUAGGCCAAAAUGUCUCCUGACCAUAAUUUAGGGAAAAAAGUAGCAAAAGCAAUCUUGUCCUUACACCGAUCUUUUCAUGGUGCUAAGUAAAUUCAAGUUGUUGUUAUUAGCAAAGGAUAGUCUGUCCUACCUGCAUUGUCUUCAGUGUCUUGCAUACUCUGUAUGUAGUGUAUUUAAUCAGUUUUCUCUAAGCGUUGUUAGCAAAAAUAUAGAACUAUUGUUAACAUUGGUGGAGUGUUAGAAUUAUAACAAACAUGUAAGGGUAUUGAAAACUGAUUAUUCUCAAUUCCAUUAUAACUAUGCUGGAACACUAAUUCAUAGUAAUUAUCAAAGGCUACAUUUUUCAAAUCCUUGCAUAGAAUGAUUGACGAACUGACCUCUUAAAACUUUCAUGUGCAAGUGUACAGCAUUGGCCAAUCAUGUGGGCUUCAGCCAUCUUGGAAAAUUCAUUCACUUCUUUUCAUUAAUUCAUUCAUAUUUUCAUAGCUGCAUUUUAAAGGACUGAAAUUAACAGUGGGUGUUGUUCAUCACACUUGAACUUGCCCAAAGACCAUUGUGGGUAUUACAUUGGAUGUUCUUCUCAGCCAACUAUUGGAAUAUGUGGAGCAGCCCUCCACUGGGCAUCUGGAACCUGUGCGAACAGGCCAAACAACUGUAUAUCUCCUUAACCAAUUAGAUUGAAGAAUCAUUAAUAAACUAUACACAGUCUGAACCGAGAUGUGUCAGUUAGAAUAGUUAGUUAAAUGUAAAAUCAUCUACAGAAAGAGAGAAAAUAAAACUGGAUGAGAGACAGAACAAAAAGUAACAUUUCUUAUAAUCGAUAAUAAUUAAAAUCUAAAGGAAUGAGACUGCACACUUGUUAAGAUUAAUUUCCACUGCCAAAGGGGUUGUUCGGCAGUGAUUAAGAUUUACAACACUUGAAACGUCAACUCUUUUCUUCUCCGCCGAUGCUGCCAGACCUGCUGAGUUUUUCCAGGUAAUUCUGUUUUUGUUUUUGUUUUGGAUUUCCAGCAUCCGCAGUUUUUUUGUUUUUAUCACUGUUAAAAUAUAGUUGCUUUACACCAUUCCAGGUAUUUCAAUGUCAAGGCUCUUGGUGAGAUACCAUUCUUGUACAACUUCUCGAGGGGAACGGCAUCUCAGACUGCAGCUUCCUGAUUUACACAUUUAACUGCAUGUGAAAUCACUGGAAGUUACUGUCUGGCUUUCAUUAAAAACAAUGAGUGCUGUUAGGUUCACUGUAAUUUCUACCACAAAAUCCAUCCCAUUAUUUUUCAAACCAGUGAGAGCAUACUUCAACAAUUUCCUCAGGGAUGUCAUCUAGUUAUUUAUUUUAAUUUUUCAAUUGUUUCCUGCGAGCUGUGCAUGCAGACACUUAUCCAGUGCAUUACUAGCUUAUGAACCUUAUGGUACUAGCAUUAAAGCUUUGCUGAAGGAGCAGUAUUGACAGAAUUUUAGUAAACAAUGAACUGUAUUACAGAGAAAACACCAGUAGGCUAAAACAUUAAAAUAUUUUUUAAAGUUU